AUGUGUAAACUGUCGCAUUUGGAGAUGCGAAAGCUCUCGGUGGACGCUCUGGUUCUACUCAUAAAACAGGCCAUCAUGCUCCCCCGAAAAAUGACCUUUUGGGAUGACGAGGUAAGUGUGCGGCCGACACUGUUCGCGCCUCGCAGUGCACCGUUCUGGCGAACUGCCAAAACCUCACUGCUGGCUCUCUCUCUCGCCCUCUUCACUCGUUAG